AUGGAGACCCCCAAAGAUGAACUUCAAGUAGUGGACCAUUUGACCACACCACCAACAACAACUGGGACCAGUUUCUCUCAGUUACUAUUAGCAGAUGACGAUGUUGUUGUUGAUUGUGAAAAUCAGAAUCAUAACCCUAACCCAUUGGUGGGUCUUCAUCAUGUGGACCAAACCUUUUCAACUUCUUCUCUUUUCUCUCUUCACAACACACCCAAAAUGCUUUGUUUUGGUGGUAACUACCAAAAUGAAAUUGAUAUAACUCCUCAGAAAUCUGUCAUCACUUCCAGUGAUUCUUCUUCUGCUUCUGCUUCUUCAUGCAACCACACCAACAACUCUGGUUUCAAUAAUGUCAAUAAUAAUUUGCAGAAAAAGCGGAAUGGGUCAGGAGGACAACAACAAGGGACCAGGGCAGGUGUUGGAGAGCAGAAAGGUCCUAAGAAGACCAAAGCAGACAACCCCACUUCAACUGGACAUGCAAAGAAAAAAGAGAAACUUGGUGAACGAAUUGCAGCGUUACAACAACUUGUUUCUCCCUUUGGCAAGACUGAUACUGCUUCGGUGCUUCACGAGGCAACUGGUUACAUAAGAUUCUUACAUGAUCAAGUUCAGGUUCUGUGCUCUCCAUACCUCCAACCUUCACAAAUUCAAUUUCAAAAUGGGGACGGAGAUAACAAUGAAAGAGGAGAAGAAAACACACAAGUGAACAAAGACUUAACUAGCAGAGGUUUAUGUUUGAUCCCUGUUGGGUGCACCUUACACGUGGCAGGUAGUAACGGUGCUGAUUUUUGGUCACCGGUAACAAUAGACAACAAUCUUGUUUCACCUUCAACUACUAUUCCUAAGCAGUAG